AGCGGCACAUUUUCGCCCCUCUCCUCACAGCAGACGAAGGGGCGGAGACGCUAACAGUUAGCACCAAGCUAAGGCUAACCGAGCUGGUGGAGAUCUGAAAGGGAAUUGGAAUCGUGUGGCAGCGGAACCUGCUGGUCCCCAGGUCUACCUGAUGAGUAUGAGCCUGACUACAGAGCCCCCUAACGAUGGCCCCAGUGUUACUGAAGAGAGCAAGAUGGCCGCAGCUGAGAAGAAGGAUAAGAAGGCGGACGACGUAGCCGAGGAGGAGGAGGAAGAGGAGGAAUACGUGGUGGAGAAGGUCCUGAACCGGCGGGUGGUGAAAGGGAGAGUGGAGUACCUCCUCAAGUGGAAAGGCUUCUCUGACGAGGACAACACGUGGGAGCCCGAGGACAACCUGGACUGUCCCGACCUGAUAGCCGAAUUCCUGCAGUCGCAGAAGUCGGCGCACGAUGGAAAAAGGAAGGCGGCAGCCGGCGAAGGAGACGGCGAGGAGAGCAAAUCCAAGCGGAAGAAAGACGACACUGAGAAGCUGAGAGGCUUCGCCCGAGGUUUGGACCCGGAGAGAAUCAUCGGCGCCACAGACUCCACAGGAGAGCUCAUGUUCCUCAUGAAGUGGAAAAACUCUGACGAAGCGGACCUGGUGCCGGCGAAGGAGGCCAACGUGAAGUGUCCGCAGGUGGUCAUCUGUUUCUACGAGGAGCGGCUCACCUGGCAUUCAUACCCCAGCGAAGACGAGAAAAAAGAUGAGAAAAACUAAAAAAAGAAAAAAAGCGUAGUUUUGAACUCAGUUGUACUUUGGAUUCUGGGGGAGGGAGGGGGCGGGGCAAACAGGGCACCAUUCCACUCAUGCGACUUUGGUUUCUGCUUUUUGAGAAGCUAAAAUGUAAUGUAGGUGUGUUGAUGCAGUGUUUAACUGAGUUGAAGUCACUUUGAUCCAACUUUUACUUUCAUUCAUGUGCCACGUUCUUGUUUUUGUUUUUUUAUCUUGGCUGUUUUCUUGCUCGUCGUAUUCUUCAGUGCUGAAUCCAUGCUUGGUGGUCUUUGUAGUGUUUUCAUGUCUCGCUGUCAUUUUUGGACGAAAUAAACCACUUUUUGUUA